AUGCGCCCACAAGCAGCAGAAAGCAACGUUGAAGGAGACAGCGGGCCCUGGUUCCCCGCCAAAUUUUGUGUGGACUGCAUCGAAGAGCUCCAGGCGUCCCAGUUCAAGCGUUACUGCGACAGUGUCGCUAACACGACGUGUGCGAGAGAGCAGAGGAGUUUGCUCGAACGGGGGCCGCCUGUCAAUCUACGCGACCGACUCGCCUUUCCAGAGUCGGAAGAUCAAGAGAUCGGGGCACUCUGGUACGCAAAGGACAACGCGGUACACACUGCAAAACUCAAGGACAGCCUGGAAGGCGCAGCGCGACAAGCCCUCUGGAACGAUUUGCGUCAGUUUGUUAUCGUGGAUGAGGAUCCUGAACAUAAUGGCGAGGGGCCGGUACCCAAAACGACGUAA